AUGUUACGCAUCACUUCACAGCGAGCCAGAUUCGCGAACGUAAUGCAGAAACUCCCAUCCGAUAUGAUGGACGAAAUUUCUGACGUCCUCUCCGAUUUGCGCGAACAUGAACCAUACGAUCACUUAAAGGAAGCGAUCCUCAAGCGGACCGGACGUUCCGAGGAAGAUAUGAUUCAGGAAAUACUACGGAACGUCACUAGAGAAUCUGCUGAUCUAGUUUUUGCGCAGUUUGACCACAGCGUUAACGCUGUUCACGUCCCCGACAUAGCAAAGCACGAACGCUACGAGCCGAGUAAAACAGAACAGGCGUUGGCCGACCUUCAACAACAAAUUCGAGAGAUCCAGAUCUCCCUGCGCCCACGGACGAGAAAAUCGACCCCAUCUCGACGGAGGCAAACCCCCAGCCGAGAACGGCAAAGCGACCAGGGUGUCUGUUGGUUUCAUCGCACAUUCGGCGAUGGGGCCAGGAAUUUAGACACAGGUGCGGCCAUCAGCGUGGUACCCUAUCAGAACGACCACACCGCUAAGCCCACCCUGGUCAAACUACGAGCUGCGAAUGGUUCCGCGAUAGACACAUACGGAGAAAGGACCCUUACUCUGAAUAUCGGCAUGCGACGUGAUUUCACUUGGACAUUUACCGUGGCCAACGUAAAGGUACCCAUCCUCGGCGCGGAUUUCCUGGCGCAUUACGCACUGGCGGUCCAUAUGAACCCUAGGACUCUGUUCGAUACGACUACGAAUCUCCGUGUCUUAGGUACCCCUACACGUCAAGGCUCCACAGAAAUCAGCGUCGCAACAUGCCAUGGUCGCGAGUACUUAGAUCUCCUGACACAGUUCACGGAUAUAACGCUGCCACUCCAAGUAACGGCUUCAGGUGACCAUCAGACUCAGCACCACAUCAGAACUUGA